CGCACCGACGAGGAUCGCUGCACCGAAGAAGAAUCAGGUCUCGACUAUACGAAAGGAGAGCAAAGCCUCUUGGCAUCAUGAGCAAGAUGAAACUCAUCAGUACAUGCCUGCUCUUGAUAGCUGGCAUUUGCGGGGUAGCUUCAGAAGCGCUCCAUCCUGCUAGCAAACUUCCCACCGAAGAUGCUAUCCCGAGCAUCCAGAAGAACUUCGAUGGUUGGGUUAAUCCCGAAGACUUGACCCCUAUGCCGCAGUGCAUCGCUCAGCAGGAUCAGUCCACCUGGCUGAACACCAUGACGAAGUGUACUCACAAACGAUGCACCUCGCACUUUGCAUUCAUUUGUACCCACCAGCAAUGGCUGACUCAACUCACCUGUCUCAGCGCUGAAUUCAGCCCUAACGUCAUCAAAGAGUAUAUCGCGUACUGCAGCAGAUCAGUACUGGGCAAGGCACAGUUGUACAACUGGGUUCAUAGCGCUACUGGUCGAACGUGGCUUGUUGAUGUCGGCGACGCAAACGAACUGCAAAAUCUCUCCCCGGCUUCCCUAUCUCAAGGAUAUGCAAAUUUCGACAUUACUCACAAUGCGCCAACAUGCCUAACGAGCUCUUUAUCUGCUGCCUCGAUGGAACCCUUUGACCAUGUGAUGGGAUCCUGUAGCUUCACAAGCGCUACCCAACGUACCGGAUAUCCCGACCGUCCUUGGGAAUACAGUGAAUCCCUACGGUCCAUGGUCUCUCUAGGCUUUGAAACUGUCGGCUACAAUCUCACGGGAGGUCACAUCGGAUAUGACGACAGUUUUGACCUUUAUUUUGACAAAGCAUGCUUCUGCAAGUCCUUCACUACAGUUCCGGGACAGGAACCAUGUUCCGAGCCAAGCCAGACAGGCUUGCAAGUGACGAGGGAGCGACUAUGGAUGAAUGCCACUUGUGGGCCGACAUCUCUACAUGGCAACUGGACGGACAAACUAAAAACCAUGGGAUUUGCGUAUAUCCCCAUGGAAGACUGGCACUGGCCCACGUGUGUCACGGAUAUGCCGAAGCAGGUCACCGAGCUACAUGAUCAAUGUGCGACUGAUGCUUGUGAACUUGAUUCCGAUGGCUAUUGCAAAGUCAAGCGCGCAAUAGACAGGACUUGCUUCUGCCACGACAUCACCUAUGAUUCCUGCCGAGGUUCGUGCCACAUUUUCGACACCAGGAUUGACUAUGUCAAGUGGCUCCAUGAUCUUUGUGGAAACGUGCAGGACUGGAAGGGUCUCCCAGAUAAUUGGCGCCAAUUAGCCACCCCUACUCGCCUCGAGAUGAUUCCAUGGCGGUGGACUCUGAAAGCAUCCAACAAUUCGAACGUUGCGUCUAUCACUCGGCUGGGAUCCAUCAAGACAACGCAAAACUGCGCCUCAAACGAGACGAAGGUCGGAAGCUUUGCUUUAAUCAAUUUAGCUACUUUUCUUGCCGUUUUGCUCAGUCAUGGAAAAGGAGUCCAUCAAAUCGCACGCGACUCUGAAUCGCACACGCACCCGUCAUCUUGGUUCUUCACCGGGAUUUUAAUCGCCACUCUUCAGCUGGUCGCGAACUUCCUGAAUGCGUUUCUUGUUCAGAAAACCCUUGGUUAUGAACACGUCCCCGUUGCUCAAUUGAUGCUCCUCUGGUGCUCAAUGCCUCGGUUUGCUUGGCCCACCAUUUGGCUGGUUGGUGUCCGACCAUUUGGAGAAAUAAAUCUCUCCGCGGCCGCAUCUUCUUUGUUUGCGGAAGUGAUCCUCCAACUUUUGUCAUCAUACUACAUGUUCCUAACCGUCGAUUAUGGCCGAGAACACAACUUCUACCGCGGUGGUCUCGAGGGUGCGGAAAGGGGACAAUCGGCCCUGAUUAUGUAUGCUGGAGCACUCAUGUGGCUCAUUAUCUUUGGCAUGGCGCUUUUUAAAUCGAUACAGGCUAUAUAUAGGCCGAACAAGUUGACCGGACCUGAUAGAGCCGAUUUACCAAAAUGGGAGAGAAGCAAGCAGACAGAAUCGAAUGUCGCUGAGAGGUUAAUGACUCAGUGCGACGAAAGUAGGGCCUCGAGAGAACCAUUGUUGGCUGGCAGCGACGGACGAACAUACACGGUCUAUGGAACUCUAGCCGUUCCCGUUGAAAGCACAGGUAACUGGGUUCUCCGGCAAAGAUUCCAGAAGCUAUGUAUGAUCGCCGCCAUAAGCAUACCCCUAUUUUGGGUUGCGCAGUGGCUCUUUUGGAGUGGAUUUAUUGGUCUUAGUUCGGAAGAGUUUUGUCCCCCUAAGCUGGAGGUUCUUACACUGGUUUGGAUUAUCUCCUCAUUGGCAAGCGCUCUUAUUAGAGCUACUUUGUAAAUACGCAUAGGCCAGUCGAACGAGCCAUGUUAUGAUAUGGAAGAGUACUGUGAAAGAGAGUAUUUCACGAUGGAGGUGAGGCCCUUCUGGUAGCAAUUGCAUAUCAAAAUCCAAAUUAGCGAUGGAUACAGCUAGAUGCCAGGGUAUAGCCUUCAACUCGAUCCCCGCUACACUGAGUUCACCAUGAUGAAACAGAGACUGCCUUUUGCAAUUACUUCCGCGUGGCGCUAGAGAUACACCGGCGGUCGAAAAUAUAUUCAACCGCAAUCUAGUGGGUGACUGAUAUAUGCG